AUGAACAAUACAAGAAGCAGUAUUAAGAAAGGCAAAUUUCUAGACAUUGGCGAAUUGUACGAGCAGCAAGAGAACUUUGACCAAGCAGUUGUGUAUUUCGAGCGCUCUGCAGACCUUUUUCAGACUGAGGAAGUGACAACAUCUGCAAAUCAGUGCAGGCUGAAAGUUGCACAAUUUUCUGCUCAGUCAGGGAAAUAUCCUAAGGCAAUCGAAAUAUAUGAAGAAAUAGCACGGCACUCUCUAAAUAAUAAUUUAUUGAAGUAUGGAGCUAGAGGCCAUCUUCUUAAUGCUGGAAUUUGCCAACUAUGUAAAGGAGACGUUGUUGCAAUAACCAAUGCAUUGGAAAAAUAUCAGGACAUGGAUCCUACGUUCUCAAGGACACGGGAGUACAAACUCUUAGCUGAUUUGGCUGCUGCAGUUGACGAGGAAGAUGUUGCAAAAUUCACAGCUGCUGUGAAGGAGUUCGAUUCUAUAAGCCGGCUGGAUGCUUGGAGGACGACUCUUCUCUUGCGAGUAAAGGAAACGCUGAAAGCUAAAGAACUUGAAGAGGAUGAUCUGACGUGAUAGAAGUGUUGAUAUUCGGCACUUUUUCCUUUUUAAAUACAAAAUAACAUAUCAAGGAACUUAUUAAUAUCAUAAUCAUUGUUAUUAUUAUCGUUAUUAUUUUGGAA